AUGGCAAACUUGUUCGUGAAGAGCGACUUCUCAAAAUUGGAGACUUUAUGUAAAUUUUAUCAGAAUAUCUGCAAGAAAUUUGCGUCAUCAAAAAAAUCGGCCGUCGGAUAUAAUUCAUAUUACGUUCUAUUACCAGAGAUACCUCCUGACACAAAAGAGACAAAUCCCAUCUUGAGAGUCAAUGAGUUUCCAAAAUUCAGUGAGAUAACGCCGGACAAGUGCGUUACAGGCUGUGCCAAAAGGUCCAUUGAAUUUGAUGUAGAGAUUGGGAACUUUCUUGAUACCAUUAAACAGAACAGACAUUUGUUAACAUUUGAAAAAAUAUUCCAUCCAUUGGAAGAGCAAGUCAUUCCAUUGAAUUAUGCCUGGAGAACUACCAAGCACCUGAGCUAUGUCCAGAGCAACACAAGUUACAGAGAUGCUUUUAAAAGGAUUCACUAUCAAAUAGAAAAUGCAAAGAAUCAAAGGUGGUUGAGUCCAGAUUUGUACCUAUCCAUAAAGGAACUAAAUGCUGGCCAUCGAUUGAGUCUGGACGUGCACCAACGUCGUCUGGUCGACAUGUACCUACUGCAAUCUCGCCUCAAUGGUAUUGAACUCACUGGUGAUGAAAAGAAAAAAUUCAUCAAUCACCUCAUCAAGUUGGCUGAGCUUAAAAAUCAUUUCAGAAACAGGGUGAUGAUGUGCACUAACAUGUUCUAUCAUGACAUUGAAGAUUUCUCUAUUGUGUCUGAACUUCCAAAAUCAUUUCUCUCACAUAUAUCAACAAAUAAAUUGGAUCCGACCAGGGGACCAUGGAGGGUGACGUUGAACCAGACCAUCUACAACACAAUGAUGAGUUACUGCGGUGAUCGAAUGACUCGAUGGAACCUCUGGAAUGCUUACAAUAACAGAGCCAGCAGGAACCAUGAUGACAAAAACUUGUCUAACCAUAUUAUCAUUGAGGAAAUUAGACUAUUAAGCCUGAAGCAGAGGUUUCAACCAAUAGCAGAGGACGAAGUAACACAACUACAGGAAUUUGCGAACAGCGAAGGCUUUCCAUUCAAACUCGAAAUGUGGGACGUUCCUUACUGGCGAAGGAGGCAGCUGGAUCAUAUGUAUCCAGUAAACACUGAUGGCUUGAAGGAUUAUUUUCCAUUAAAAAGAGUCUUUGAGUACCUCUUUGGCUUCUGUAAGGUCCUAUUUGGAAUUCAAUUCAUUGAUUGCACUGGUACUGUUGAGACUUGGCAUGAAGAUGUUAAAUUCUACAGACUCUAUGACAAUGAAUCUGGGAAAGAGUUAGGAGCAUUUUAUUUGGACGCCUUCACUCGACCCAGUGAGAAGAUGGGUGGGGUCUGGAUGGAGUCUGGAAGAGAGAGAAGCCAGUUUCUGAAUCUAUUUCCAUUCAGUUACUUCUGCCUCAACUUGGACAGACCAGAACAAGGGAAGCCUUGCUUGGUCACAUAUGAACAACUACAGCAAAUAUUUUUUCAAUUUGGGCAUGGUUUACAGCAGUUGGCUACGACGACACCAUAUGGCGAGAUAUCAGGGCAGAGGAAUAUUGAGUGGGAUGCACUGGCCACGUGUGCCAAUCUAAUGAAGAUGAUCCUGAACACCAGGCAGACGCUGAGAUCGAUGAGUCGACAUUAUGAAACUGGAAAGUCACUACCCGAUGAUGUUGUCGAUUCCAUUAUGAAACGUCGCCAUCACCUAUCAUCAUUUGACAACAUGAUGAACCUUUACACAAGCGCCUUUGACCUUGAACUCUAUAUCAACAAAGACAGAUGGCACCCGGUGAUGCAGAAGAUGUUGGCUUGUGACAUAUUCAAGACGUUCAGGAAUGCUAGUAGGGAGGGAACCCACAAGAUGAUUGAAGUGGGAACCAGAUAUCGAAACACUUUUCUGUCUAUGGGAGGCGGCUUGCCAUCAUCCGAAGUUUUCCGUAGAUUUCAAGGGCAAGAUCCGAGUCCCGAGUCAUUGGUCUCUUAUUAUUUACAUAGAUAAUUAUUUAGUUGAAUUUUACAAUUAAAAUUUUUAAUAAUUAUUAUUAUUUAUUUUGAUUAUGUUUUUUUUAUUUUUAAAUUUGUAUUAUUGUUACUGUUAAAUUCUGUGCGCUAUUAUUGUGCACGUACAUGGACAUGAGAUGCUCGUUUAGUAUCAACAACCUCAUGUAGUUGAUUAAUGUACAUAGACGACGAUGAUGCUAUUUAAAGUAAUUCACUCAUGUGAAAUAAAAUAAACAUGAAAUAGAAACAAUAAAUAAAUAAUAAUAAUUAUAUUAUUGAUAACGUUUAUUAUUAUUAUUGUUAUUUUUAUUAUUAUUUUUUAUUCUAUGAUCAAUGUUUCGCUUUGUUGAUAGUGUAUGGAUGAAAUGUUAUUUCAUCUCUGUCGUUUUUGGUAUUAUUUUUGUUAUUAUUAUUCCUAUUAUUACAUUUAUUAUUGUUAGUUUUAUUCUUAUUGUUUUUAGUAAAGCUACCGCUUUUUUUAUUUGUUAGGUCAUUUUUGAUUU